CCUGCAGAACAGAAAGCACUUCAGGCUGUCAUAAAUUACAGGUGAGACAGAUGUGUACAUAAGAUGGGGAAGGUCCAAAGCAUCUUUUGCAAGUCAUUCUCCCUGCAGUCAAAGGAAGGAGAGCACAAGGAUGAUCUGGUUUAGAAGCAAGGGGAUAGCAGAAGUGCUGCUGAGCAUCUGGAUGUUAUUCUGGCAUAAGACAUGAGAUUUUAAUGACACAGGAGGUGAAAUAGCCAGGCUGGGCUCCAAGUCAGGGAUUCAGGAAGGAGAGUUCAGUCUUCAGUAUCAGUCAAAGUUAUGCCGGGAAUGAUCAGGGAAGGGUUUGAGAUCAAAACACUAAAACCUGGUGUGUUCCUUCCAUGGUUCUGUUGCACUGCUCAGGGAGAUGUUGGGGGAGGGUGAGCUAAACUAGAGAGUGAAAAUAACAGAGCUGGGCUCUGGAAUCCAAUGAAGGCAGGGCUGAGGGAGAAUAGGGACCUAAGGAAAUUGUGAAUGCUGUGAAGAAAGAAGGAGCUGGGGAGAGAUUCUUCAAUGUUUCUCAAAGUAGGGAAGGGGGUGCAUCUCCUGAAAAAACAGCAGGGAGAUUUCAAAGGAACGGUAAACCAGCGAGAGAUGCUCUUCACCAUUGAAAUCCAUUAAUUUGGGGGUAUUUAUAGAACAAUCCCCCAACAAUCUUUGGUUUUAUCCUUCAAGAAACUCCCCUCAACUUCUGUCUGUUUCAAGAAGGAGCGAUUCUGCUUUUUCGGCUCCCGGCCCUAACAGCUCCACCGUGAAAAGGAGAGCGCUGCAUCUGACCCCGCUUAGCCGAGAGCGGACCGGCCCCAGCCCGGCCCCACCUCUCCCGGCCCUGGCAGCGGCACCGGAGCGGCCGCUCCCGACGGGACGGGCCCGUGGUAGGGCGGGGGCGGCCGCUCUGCGCCUUUAAGCCCCGGCCGUGAUGUCACCGCCGCCGGGCUCCGCUCCGAGCCGUCCGCUCCGGCCCCGCCGGGACCCCCCCAGGGUCCCCUUCUACAGCGGCUCGAUAUGGGCAGCCUCCAGCUCCAGGACUUCGCCGCCGGCUGGGUGGGCGGAGCUGCCAGUGUGGUUGUGGGUCAUCCCCUGGACACUGUCAAGACUCGCUUGCAAGCCGGACAAGGAUAUGGCAAUACACUCAACUGUGUUCUUACUGUGUAUAGAAAUGAGUCUGUGGCUGGCUUCUUCAAAGGCAUGUCGUUCCCGCUGGCCAGCAUUGCUGUUUACAGCUCAGUGGUGUUUGGUGUCUUCAGCAACACUCAGAGGCUGCUGGGCCAGUUGAGGCAUGGGGAUGCAUCCCACACACCAGCACUGGUGGAUGUGGCUCUUGCCAGCACAGUGGCUGGGUUCAUCUCCGUCGGCAUUGGAACACCUGUUGACCUGGUGAAGAUCAGGCUCCAGAUGCAAACACAGACAUACAGCACAGCCAAUGUUAAACUAAAGCCCACGGUUCCUGGCUUUCCUGUGUAUCAAGGCCCUAUUCACUGCUUUAAGACAGUGCUACAGAAAGAAGGGAUAGCAGGGAUAUAUCGAGGCAUGGGAGCGAUGCUGCUGAGGGAUGUUCCUGGGUACUGCCUGUAUUUCAUCCCUUACACAUUUUUCUGUGGUUGGAUUACCCCUGAUGAAUGCAUUUCCCCUAAUCCUACUUCCAUCUGGCUUGCAGGGGGUGUUGCAGGAGCCAUUUCCUGGGGGACUGCUACUCCAAUGGAUGUUGUGAAAAGUCGGCUCCAGGCUGAUGGAGUUUAUCUAAACAAAUACAAGGGGGUUCUUGACUGCAUCUUGCAGAGCUACCAGAACGAAGGCCUCAAAGUCUUUUUUAGGGGCAUCACUAUCAAUGCAGUGCGAGGAUUUCCAACGAGUUCAGCCAUGUUUCUUGGCUAUGAACUUUCUCUGAAAGCAAUGAGAAGAGACCAAACUGAGACCAAUCCUUGACUUCCAGCAUUGCCAAGAAGACCUGACCAGCAUCCUCCUUUCCUGAGCCAAACCAACAGGUGGUGAGAGUUCACUGCUUUCACCAAAGACUCCUGGCACUACAGAAGCCCCCAGUGAUGGCAUCUGCUUUCCCUUCUGCUCGGCCUUGGGCCUUGGAGGGCUCCAAACCUACACCAGCUCAACCAAAUCCAAAGACUACGAGUUUUAAAUCUCUCACUCUGUUGUCUAGAGCACUUUAAUUAUUCCUGUAGCGUGCUGCACUUUUUUGCUAACGAUGUUUUUCUCACUGAGCCAAAAGAACAACUUUCCUUACCUGCACAGAUGAGAUGCAACCAAAAUGACCCCACGUGAUAUAAGUUGAGUUUGUGCCUUUUGCCUGAUACUGUGCAUAAUGUUCUUCUCUGUGAAUAAGGACCUCCUGCUCUGGAAAGAGAAGGGAUGAGCACUUUGGGUGCAUGGGUACGUUUUGUUUAGGAAGGUUUGGAUUCCUAUCAAAUCCCGACUUGCUUUCAGGAUCAAAGAAUUGGGUGACUGUACUCAUGUGAAUGAUUGCUCACAGAAUUCCCCAUUUGUACCAAAGCGUGAUACAUUAUCUUGUAAAGAUAUGACUUACACUUUAUUAUCUAAGAUGCAAAUUAAAUCGGGGAACACUGAGAUAUUAAAUUCAGAUUCUAAGCUGCUCCUCUUCUUCAGAAGGCAAUAGGACUAGCCCUCACUUCACAAAGAUGACUGCCUAUUGAUUGAACUUCUGCUGCAUAGCUCUCCAGGGGCCUGCUAGAGGCACAUGCAGGUACCUGACAGAGCACCUGAGUUUGCAGAUGGGACAGUUCAACUGCCAAAUCCUGGUGACUCUGCCUUGCUUUGCCUUCUCUAGCAGAUACCACUAAAGGAAGUGUCUCUCUAAAGCAUGCAAAGUCUGUCCCAAGCUGUAUUCUCUCAAAUACAAAGACCAGUUUUAGAUGUCCAACUCUGCUGCAAUCCCACGGAGAUGACUGUGGCACCCAGGUCUCUCUUUGGUCUACCUCAGUCUUUCAGUUCAUCUGAAGACCUUUUACAUCAUGAUGAUUUCUCCCCAUGCUUGUGAAUACCUCCACUCUUUAUUUCCUAAGCAUGGAGCCUCUGAUGCCAAAAGAACAAGCAGAACUGAUGGGCCAGGAGGACUCUAGUGGCAGUAGCAGGAGAGCUGAAGGACCUCAAGGGAUGUGCAGCAUGGUGGAAUGCUCUGGAACAAUACUGUCCUCUGGGAAGUGCAUGGUUUUCCCCCACUCUCUGGAGCAGUGGAUGAAGCCCAGCAGAUGUUCAUAAAAACAGCCAUCUGGAUUUCCUUCAUCAAAGGAGAAGGAAGAAGCUUUCAUGUCCCUGUCCCUCAGUGCAUGGAGGACCUGGCCCACAGGACUUGUAGACCUCAACAGAAAUUGCCUAUGGCUUUAGGCCUGGAGCAGUGUUUGGAAAUGGGCUCCCUGACCACCCAGAGCAUCUUGGGCUCCUCUUUGCUGGGGCCUGAAUUACAGCCCCAAGUGUGGCUUUACCCAGAAGCUGCCUGAAGAAGAGUGAGGAACGGCUGCUGGUUGCUUCAUCUCGGACCUUGUAGGCAAAGAGCCACAUAAUGCCUUUCAGCUUGGCAAGAACACAAAGAACUGCUUUUGAUAAACAAUAUAUAUAAAAUUGAUGAGCCUUCACCCAAGUAUUUGUUGCAGGCUACGUUUAAGGAGUCAAGUUUUCCGUGCUACUUAUUUUAAUGUAUAUGCAUGGAACUUGUUUUAGAUGUGUAAUGCCUUAUGUCUCCAGGGAUAAUUCUUAGGGACCAUAUUUUCAGUGCAAAGAAAACUGUCAGUUAUCUGCCUGUCUUAUGUAAAAUGGACUGUUGAAUGAAUUAAACUGAUGAGGUUUGCUAUGAGCUGUGUGCCUAUACGACACUGCCCAGGUCUGAGGCUUUCAAUGCCUCUGGACACUCGAGUGUGUUAGUGAUGCUUAGCGAUUUUUCCUUGAUAUCCUUCCUCCAGCAAAACCACCGUUGAAAUGGGCACUCAGGAUUUACCAAUGCAAAGCUCUGAGGGUGACAGGCUGGAGCUGACAGAAAGAGCUUGAGUUGAAAUGAAAGCAAGAAACGCUUUAUACGAGGUGGGAAGUAAGCAACUGCAUUUGGCCACUUGAUGGCAUUCUCGUCCAACGCAGGAGCCAGAUUGGGCUCGUCCCGUGUCCGUUCAGCCCCUGGCUGCUGCCAGAUCAAUGCACGCAGUCCACAAAUGCUUUAUUUUUGUGAGAUAAUAUUGAUAUCGUCCACUGAAAGAGAACUUAGAGAAUUUCUAAGGGAUUCUUUUAGCUGUUUCACAUCCCAUGCCUGAGCACCAAUUGCAUGUUUUGGUGUGUUUGUCCCUGAAUUACCAGCCAUGCACCUGCUCUUCUGCCAGCACUGGUGGCACGUCCCCCAGCCCACGCAGGCUGUAGAAGACAUUUCCUCUGCUUGGCAGCUCAUGCACAGAGCCUUCCAGAGCCCCACAUUGCUAUCACAAAAGCAGUUAAGUACUGAACAUGGUAAAAAGAAAAUGGGAAGGGAGAAAGGAGGGACCAGGGAUAUCUAUUUCUGUGCUUUUCUUGCCUGGAAUACAGAAUACUCAGACCUGUCAUACUUUAAAUGUGUCUGUAUUUGCUUAAUUUUCUUGUUGCUGGUGGUGUUCCAUCUCUUACAACACCAUGUAUUACUUAACAAGGUGCAAGCUGUUCAGCUGCUUUUCCUAGUUCAUAUGCUACUCAAUGCAAUGGGAAGAAAAGGUAACAAUAGUUUAUCCUCUCCAAUCCUUUCCCUCCCCCCACUCUCCUUUUUAUUAAUUUCCCUGAGUGAGGCCAUUUUAAUGGCCACCAGCCCUAGGCUGCAGGACGGUCUUGAGUGCGGGGUGAAGCUCCAUGGUGCCCAUGAGGUAUGAGAUGGGAUCAGGCUCAGGUGGGGGGGAAGCAGAGGGCCACCUCCUCUUGUGUCCCCUGGUUCUGUGUCCAACAGCUGCUGGGGACAGUAGAUACUAUCAUCUACCUACUUGCUUUAGCUGAGGUUUUCUUUUGUAGUAGGGGUUGGUAUGGUAAAGAUUUUUCUCCCAUCCCAUCAAAUUAGUGGAAGAAAGGAAGGUCAGUGCUUUUCUUGUGCCAUUGAAGGAAAUAUAAAAUGUGGGUUUAGGGAAAAAAAUGUGAGAACCAAAGAGAUGAGUGUGGAAAAAGUUCAAACUGCUCAAUAUUGACUGCACAGGAACCGCUUCCUUUCUCUAAAGCCACCUUCUUCCUAUGGAUCUUCCUAUAGGAACACAUUGAUGGCUUGCUACCAACUUAGAUAAGUCAUAUGGAAAGUCUACAUUGAGAGGUGGCAUCUGGAGAGAAUUAAACCAUGCAGUGAGGAAAUUUAAGCAGUUAUGGUGAUUUCCAAAACAGUUUUGCUAAACAGGGUGACCCACAACAGCUCCAGAGUCAAACAAACCUGAAAGAGCCAUAGAUAUACAACAGAGUGAAAGUGUCUUCUAAGGAGCCUUCAAAGUCCCCACGUGAACUUUUGUAACAGUGGAUGUAAGACACUGAAUGAAACAAGAAAUCCUGACUUAGCAUAGCUGGAAUUCUAAGGCUACAGUGUGGCAAAGCACCAAAUCUCUGGAAAGAAUAUGAAGCUCCACUUGAGUUAUUAAAAAAGGGAUAAUUUGGGAUUAUGAAGAGAAUGGUUUGGAGAAGCAAGAAUCUUGCAGCCGGGGCUGUCCUUGCUGUCCUGCUGCCAGCAGCUGGUGCUUUGAGGUUGGCACCCACCUGCAGCCACAUCUGCUGUAAGAACACCAGGACAACUCAUCUUCAUGGAUUGCACUGGUCUGUUCUCCCAUGUUUCAAAACAUAUUAAUGUAAAAUAUUUUGCCCAUAGUAUAGAAAAUCCUGCCAACUGCUGUGGAAGAGGGCCAGCCUAUCCUUACGCAACUAGGUGUGACCCAGCAGCUGUGUUGACUUCUUUAUUAAGUUGUGAUUGCAGCCUUUCUAUCAAGCAGACUGCAGGUGGUUUUUAAAUGCUUCCAGUGUGGAAAGGAAGCUGUAAUGCAGGUAGAGGGCUCCUAUGCAGGCAUGGAGUGAAGCCCUGUGCUAGGCAUUCCUCCAAGCAAAACCCAGCUGUGGAACGUGCAAGGAAGGGAUAUUUUCCAGAGAAAGCGGCACUCAUCUUUCAGCCCAACUGAGCAGCUCAAGGCUGAGGCUUUUGGAGAAGAUGGAAGUGUAAUAGGAGGGAGGUUUUACAACCAGAACCACAAAUAAGAAGAAAAUCGAAGGGCUGCCAUACACUCUUGGGAUAAGAAGACCCCUGCAGCCACAGAAAGUUCUAGGAGUCAUCCAGCCGGGUUUGAAGACUGAAAGUCUCAAAUCUGUCACCUCUUUCUGCUUAAAAGGAAAAGGGAAAGAGGCAGCACAUCAGUGCAUAGGUGGACCCUGUUAAGGGCUGUCAGAUAUAGCAGCUGAUAUUUGGAAUGACAGCUUCUGCAGGCAUUGCUGCACAGCUCCAGUGGUUCCUCUGUCUGGCUGACAAAUUCCUGCAGCAUUAGCAGCUUCCUUUGGGACAGUCCUGCCUUGAACUCUGGAGAGAGCCAACUUGCAGGCUGCCCAUUUUUCUCAGGAACACUGGCAAUGCGGAACAUUGUUGUUUCUUUGCUUUCAUGGAACCACGAUUUACAUAAAUACAAGAGGCAAAAGCCACAUCUGAGGAAAAAAAUGCUUUCGUAGAUUUUUAACCAUUGUUUCCUGUUGGGGUGUGAUAUCACUGUGUUCAAAUUUAUCACUUCUGAGGAGCAUUGGUGAAUUUCCACAGUACUAAAGAACAGUCACUAACAGUAGGUGACUCAAUUCCACGUUUGACUUUUCUAAAAUGCAGUCCAAGCUAAUGGGAAAAAAAGGUGGGCACCUGGUAUCACUUUUAUAAUUGGGUUUUUCCAUGAGAAUGGGAAUUUUGUGAAGACUUGAUUAAAAGGAGUGGCCUCCUGUUCUCCUGCCACCCAUCAGUCUGACUUGCACAUGAAUGCCAGCAUGCUGUCAUACAUUCUCCUCUCUUGUGUGCUGCUCUCUGUGCAAGCACAGAAUUGCCAAGUCAGCGAAAUUAUCCGCAAUACAAGGAGUCUGCUU